AGUGUAAAAAGAAGAAGGAAAAAGUUUUAUUUCUGCUGGAUUUGAUUUGACCCCCAAAAAAUCGUUGCCAAACACGGUGAGCUGCGUAGGAAAUUUGUAAAUCAAGCACCAGGGAGAGUGAGAAGAUGGGGUUUGUAAUGGAGUUUGCUGAGAAUCUGAUACUGAAGCUAAUGGAGGACCCUAAGGAGAGGGAUAGGAAAUUCAGAGAGCAUGUGUAUGCGGUGAAGGACCAGUGCAACAAGACCAAGGAGAUGUGGGCCCUACCUCUCCGUCCCUAUGGCUUUUGGACCUUCGAGCGCCACAAUUCGCAGCUUCGUUGGGAUGCCCAAAUUAGCCAGGUUGCCGGCCGGAGGGACCCCUACGAUGAUCUCCUCCAACACAGCACUGACCCUGUCACCUCCAGAACUAAAUGAGUGCAUAUAAGGUAAGGAUCUGGUUCUUUUGGACGGAAAGUUGCAUAAUCACUUGGAGGUUUCUGUUGCAGUUGGAAUUCAGUGUUGCUGCAAAAGUGUUGUUUGGUUUUAUUGCUUUCCUCAAGACUGGUCUCUGUUUGAAUAAGAGUCCGUGUAACUGUUGUGUUGUGGAUGAACAACUUUUCACUUCAUGUGAAUUCUAUAAUUUUUUUUUAUAUAUUUAGUACCAUACCAAUCUAGGGAUGCCAUUCGCUUUGGUUCGGGCUUAUGCAGACAAUACGAAAUAAAAGAAGGUUUAGUUAGGAGCAA